AACGGUCAUUUCAAAAACAUUCGACCUAAUGCAGUCGACCUAAACGGGACCUCCGUCCGCAUAGUGUGCAUGUGGGUUUAACAUUAUUUUGACAGCUCCUGCCCGUGCGAAGCUUUCACCAACACACUCACGCAAUCCGCAUCUGCGGCUGAUUGUUUUCCCAACCGUCGUUCCUGUCAGUUCUGCCGUGCACUCAAACAAAAAUCGAAUUUAUUUCGGGAACGACGCUUCGUUUCGCUUCUCGGGGCGCUUUUUUCCGGGAGGAUUUCUUACGUGAAUUUAGUGGAUUGUGCAAGACGAUGAGCUAGAGGUCGGAGUGUGUAAUCAAUCGCGAAAAAAUGUACAUCAAAUCCAUUAUCAUCGAUGGUUUCAAAUCGUACGGCAAGCGUACCGAGAUCCAUGGCUUCGAUCCGGAGUUUAACGCCAUCACCGGGCUGAAUGGGACCGGGAAGAGCAACAUCCUGGACUCGAUCUGCUUCGUGCUGGGCAUUUCCAAUUUGGUUCAUGUUCGAGCGACGUCCCUCCAGGAGUUGGUGUACAAAAGUGGCCAGGCGGGUGUGACCAAGGCCACGGUUACGCUGGUGUUCGACAACACCGACAAGGACCAGUGCCCGCUGGGGUACGAAAAGUGUAAUGAAAUUUCCAUCACGCGUCAAAUUGUGGUCGGCGGGAAGAACAAGUAUCUGAUCAACGGAAAGACGGUCCAAAACAAGAAGGUCCAGGAUCUGUUCUGUUCGGUGCAGCUGAACGUCAACAAUCCGAACUUCUUGAUUAUGCAGGGUCGGAUCACGAAGGUGCUGAACAUGAAACCGCAGGAAAUUCUGUCGAUGAUCGAGGAAGCGGCGGGAACCAGCGUGUAUGAAGCGAAGCGAGAGCAUUCAAUCAAGCUGAUUGAAAAGAAGGAUGCGAAACUGAAUGAACUGUACACGGUUCUGCGGGAGGAGAUUGAACCGAAACUGGAAAAGCUACGGAAAGAGCGAGCACAUUACAUAGAGUAUCAGAAGAUCUGUCGAGAUAUUGAGUAUCUCACGAGGCUGUACAUAUCUCACAAGUACCUUCAGCACGUGAAAUCCGUGGAGAACUCGGAGAAAGCGAUUGCCGCUUUAAACGACGUCAUUGACGGACAUCGGAAGAAGAUUGAGGGAAACAUUGCGGAAAGCAAAGAGAUCGAGAAGAGUGCGAAGGAUUUGCAGGAGUUGAUCGAUAACGAAGGAGGGGGCGUAUUAGCGGAACUGGAAGCAGAACUAAGCGCCGAGAGUAAAAAGGAGGCAACGGCUUCGGCUGAACGUGAUAGCACCAAGGAGAAUAUUGGAGCCGAACAGAGGAAACUGAAGAAUCUGCAAAAAAGUAUUAGGGAUGAUGAAAAUGCCUUACAGAAGAAGGAAGCGGAGAUGCAACGUACGGGAGACAUGUUCCAGAGUUUGAAGGAUGCUGACGAAGCGGAUGCCAAGGCUUUUACAGAUGCGCAGAAGCGUUUCGAAGCAGUCAGUGCUGGGUUGUCCACGAACGAGGACGGUGAAGCAGCGACUUUGCAGGAUCAGCUGAUGGCAGCAAAGCAGAAAGCAGCCGAAUCAGCCACCUCCAUCAAACAAAGCGAAAUGGAAGUAAAGCAUUGUCAGCAGCUACUGAAGGAGAAGCAAGGUGACAUGAACUCCAGCGACGCCGCAUACCUCGAUGAUAAGAAGAAGCUUACCAAGGCCGAAUCUCAAAUUCAGUCCAUCACAGCGGAACUGCAGAAGAUCGACUACGAGGAAGGAACAAUCGAGCAGCUUCACGAGCGAAAGCAAGUCCUAUCCCACGAAAUUCGCAACCUCAAAGGAGAACUCGACCGAAAGAACGCCUACCGUUGGGAGUUCCAGUACCGCGAUCCGGAACCGAACUUCGACCGUCGCACUGUACAUGGCAUGGUGGCCAAACUGGUUUCCGUGCGGGACAAGAAGUACGCCCUCAGUUUGGGCACGGCCGCCGGAGGCAGUUUGUACAGUGUGGUUGUAGAUACGGACACCGUUGGCAAGAAGCUACUCCAAAAAGGUCAACUCCAAAGCCGCACCACCAUGAUCCCGCUGAACAAGAUCACCAGCCGGAUGAUCGACGCUGGAACCGUUCGGGUAGCGGACAACUUGGUGGGCAAGGGAAGGGCCGUGACGGCACUGUCCUGCAUCGGGUACGACCGGCAGCUGGAAGCGGCGAUGAAGUUCGUUUUUGGUCACUCUUUCCUGGCGGACGAUAUGAAUGUGGCCAAGCAGGUAACCUACCACCCGCAGAUUAUGUCCCGCUCGGUGACGUUGGACGGGGAUGUGGUGGAUCCAAGCGGUACGCUUUCCGGUGGUGCGAAAGCUAAGGGCGCUGUGGUACUGCUCGAGGUGGAAGAGAUCAAUCAGAUCCAGAAGCUGCUGGCACAGAAAGAGGCCGAGUACCAGCAAGUGUGCGCUGAGAUCAGCAAACUGGAACGUGUCGCUCACCGAUACAAUCAACUCAAGGAGCAGUUGGAUAUGAUGAACUACGAGAUCAAGACUCUGCAGCAGCGUCUCGCGCAAACCUCCUAUCAACAGGCACAGCAGGAAAUCGAAGAGCUGAAGGCGAAAGUUGAAACCCUGAAGCAAACCAUGGUGGACGCCCGUCAAGCGCAAACACAGGCGAAUGCCAAAGUGAAGGACAUAUCGGCGAAAAUCGCCGACAGCAAGGGACAUCGCGAACGCGAACUGAAAGCCGCUGAAGACGAGCUCAAACGAGCAAAAAAGAAGAGCGAUGAAAGCCGCAAAAACUGGAAGAAACACGAACAAAGUUUCGAAACGCUGCGGUUGGAAAUCGAAGAGCUGCAAAAGGGUAUUGCCGCGGCAAAAGAGCAGGCCACCAAACUGGAAGAGACCAUCGCGGAGUUGCAGCAGAAGCUUCAAGCGGCGAGCGAAAACAGCGCAGACAUGAACAAAGCGGUGGCGGCCGUUAAGCAGAAGAUCAAGGAACACAAGGACAAGAUCAACAGCCAGAACAAAGAGUUGAAGGCGAAGUACCAUCACAGGGAUAAGCUGCUGAAACAGAACGAAGAGAUGGAGCUGGACAUCAAGAAGAAGGAAAAUGAGAUCCAGAAGGUUCGGAAUGAGAACAAGGAUGGGUACAAUAAGAUCAGCGGGCUGGAGGAAAAGUAUCCUUGGAUCAGCGAGGAUAAGGAGUUUUUCGGUGUAAAGAACACGCGGUACGAUUACAAUAAGGAAGACCCUCAGGAGGCGGGUCGGAAACUUAACAAACUGCAGGACUCGAAAGAAAAGAUGAGUAGAAACAUCAACCAGAAGGCGAUGGUUUUGCUCGAGCGAGAAGAAGAGCAAUACAAGGAGGUGAUGCGUCGCAAGCAAGUAGUCGAGGAUGACAAGAAGAAAAUACAGAAAAUUAUCACCGAUCUCGACGAGGAAAAGAAGAAACAACUGAAAGUCGCCUGGACCGAAGUCAACGAAAACUUCGGAAGCAUUUUUAGCACCCUUCUCCCAGGAACCCAAGCCCAGCUGAAGCCUCCGGACGGAGUUGACUUCAUGAAAGGUCUCGAGGUGAAAGUCGGCUUCAACGGCAUGUGGAAGGAAUCUCUCACGGAAUUGAGCGGUGGUCAGCGAUCUUUGGUGGCCUUAUCCCUCAUUCUGGCCAUGUUGAAAUACAAACCCGCUCCGCUGUACAUCCUGGACGAGGUGGAUGCCGCCCUGGAUCUUUCCCACACACAAAACAUCGGCAACAUGCUGAAGGCGCACUUUACCAACUCGCAGUUCAUCAUCGUGUCGCUCAAGGACGGUAUGUUCAACAAUGCCAACGUGCUGUUCCGGACCAAAUUUAUCGACGGAAUGUCCGGGGUUACGAGGACGGUCAAUGUGGCACACGCCAAGGCCAAAGCGGCCGGAAGGUGAGACAU